CUUUACUGAGUGUCACAGACGACACACCACCGGAGUGAGUCGUGUUCCUGGAGUGUAUUUCUAUGCGUGGGCCCCUCCUCUGCUCGGUCUGGUCGCUGGAGGUUGAUGUCACAGGCAGCGAGAGUCUCCAGGACAGGACACAACUAGGCAGAGCUGGUCAGAGAGGCACUCCGGAUCCACUGAGGGCAGAAAAAGUGGGCGAUGUUGCAGCUGGGAUCUUGUUUGCGGACCCCGUGGGAAGACUGUUGAUACAGUCCAGAGGGCUCGUAGGUAUUUCCAGGCUGAGAGCUCGAGGUAGCGUUAUAGCCGCAGUAUUUUUAGAUCACUUCUUGAAAGGAAUACAAAAAAAUGUCGUCUCCAAGUCCGGGCAAGAGGCGAAUGGACACCGACGUGGUGAAACUCAUUGAGAGCAAACACGAGGUCACCAUCCUUAGUGGACUCAACGAGUUCGUGGUCAAGUUCCACGGACCGCCUGGAACACCGUAUGAAGGAGGCGUGUGGAAGGUUCGAGUGGAUCUACCAGAUAAAUACCCCUUCAAAUCCCCAUCAAUAGGAUUCAUGAAUAAAAUCUUUCAUCCCAACAUCGAUGAAGCGUCAGGGACUGUGUGUUUAGAUGUCAUUAACCAGACAUGGACAGCUCUCUAUGACCUCACCAACAUCUUCGAGUCGUUCCUCCCUCAGCUGCUGGCCUACCCCAACCCCAUUGAUCCUCUGAACGGGGACGCGGCCGCCAUGUACUUGCACCGGCCGGAGGAUUAUAAACACAAGAUCAAAGAGUACAUCCAGAAGUACGCCACAGAGGAGGCUCUAAAGGAGCAGGAGGAGGGAGGCGGCGACUCCUCCUCCGAGAGCUCCAUGUCGGACUUUUCGGAGGACGAGGCUCAGGACAUGGAGUUGUAGUGAAGGCGGAGCCCCCCUUCACCUCACAACAGACUGUCAUUUCCUAAAGAGCAAGAAACUCAGUGCUAUAUUCAUAUUUAAACGAGACAAUUUUUUUACAGCAACACAAGGAUUUUUAUUGCUACACGAGGAUUUGCAGUACGAUAUUGCAGAAUAUUAUCUUAGGAAUUCAUCGCCACCGGCCCCCUCAUCUUCAUCCAGAGAGCCCGUUCAGAUCCAAGAGGAAGCACUUCGUUGUUUUCCGUCAUCGUUUGUGGCUUUUUUUUGAAACACUGCCUGAGUCUAAGCAGAGCAGUGAGACCAUCACAGGAGGACACAAAACUGUUUUCCCCAUUUGUACCACAGACCAGGCCGCUCCUCCUCGUCCUCCUCCUCCUCGUCCGCUGUUAACACGCUCAAGUUCUUUCCCCCCCCCCCCCCCUUUCACCUUUUCACCGCGUCGUCGGGGCGUCGUUGCCCCGGCGACGGAAGACCGCACGGUGACAAUCCACGAUUUCGUAGCGGUCUUUAGUUCUUUGCCACCGCCGCCAUGAGGAGUUUCCCAUCGGUGUCAUCGCAUCUCAAGACGUCCAGCGUGUCCAGACGGCCUCUCCAGCAGAACCGCCCUCUGCGCAAACCUGCAGACACAUCGCACACGAUCAAACAACCAGCACAUCAAUCAUGACAAAACGCCACAGCAUGUGUGUGUGUGUGCGUGCGUGUGUGUGUUUGUGCGCAUGCCUGAAUGUAAUCCAUUGAUAUCUUGUGUUGUAACCGGCCCCCGGAUGCUCAGCAGAAGAUCCGAAGAGAGAGGCCUCUUCUUCGUCCCUCCCUUCUCCAGCGUCCGUCUCCUCCUCCUCCUCCUCCUCCUCCUCUCCGUUUUAGGAAAGUGUUCGUCAUUCUCUGAGUAUCUUUGUAUAUUGUGGCAUGACACAAGUAAGAAGUAAAGUUUUUGUAGGGCUUUCUUUGUGGAGCUGUAUCGCUUGUAGACAUGAAGAGGACGUUUGUGUGAGCCAGGCCGGGUUUUGGUGGGCGAAGGGAUUAUCCAGGUCCUUGUUGAACUGUUGAAUUUCUUAACUCUGCCUAUUGCUUGUGUUGAACUAUAAUAGGUGUUUGACUUGCGUAGGGAUAGUUAGUUUCUUCUUCUUUCCUUUUUUUCUUUGCAGGUGGUGAGUCCUAUCAUAAUGUAUGGUUUAAUACUUCUAUAAUACACUAGUUUAAAAAACUACUCGUCCUGGAAAGAUGAGGAGAAUUACACAUCUUUAUCUGUGGGAUGGCCUCCAAAGAAAUGUUGCACCCCCUUUUCUUCUGUAAACGUGUCCAUCGAAGAUGAUUUACGUUGUUUGAGCCGUUCAGCGCGGUCACAUUUACCUUUUCUUUUUCAUGCUGUUUGUGGCCUGUUGUUUUCCAAAAUGGUGGGACCAAAAUCUGAUUGAUCUACAGGCGUUCGUUUCAUGUUUCCCAAAACGAGGAAUUCCCCAGAAAGAGUUUACACUGAUGUUGAGUUGAUGAUAAUUUUUUCCUCAAAGGGUCAAACUCUCUGAUUAGUUCAGACUUAAGUCCAAGCACAUGUUGAUUACUCACCAGAGGACACUUUAAAACAGUUUGUCCUUGUUUACCCCCCCAAAAAAAGGUUCAUGUGCCUGUUUGCGAUAAUGUGGAGGAGGUGUUUCCAGAGCGGUGACCGUUUACCACUCUUUGUUUUUUGUUUUAGUGGCUUGAAGCCUGAUACAGUAGAUGUUUGUAACAUUGCAGAUCAGAUUGUUAUUUCUGUAAGGAAUCAAAAACCAGAAUAUUGCCACCACCAGAGGGGUUUGUUUCUUCUUGUCUGAAGAGAAACUGAUUAAAAUCAAACAUUUAAUGACUAAUCCCUUAACAAAAAAAAAAGAGAAGAGUAUCUCAUCCAUUGUGUCUUUCAAGAAGGUGCUGACCUUCAUUUAUACUUUAACAUAUGUUGGUAAAACUGGCACGUCUCAGUUUUUUUGACAUGACAUUAAAAAUGUAUAUGUUAAAUAGCCUCAUUAAAAUGGCUCUAAUUAGCCUUGGUAACCAAAUAUGUGUUGGUGUAAGUUAACCCGACGUCUCGGUCAGUUUUCAUUCGCCACUAAAACAACCCACUGUCCAGCCUUGUUGUCGUCCAUCAUAUUACUUUUUUUUCUCCUUUAAUUUUUAUUAAUGAAACUCAUAUAUUUCAUGCCUAUAAUUUGUUUUAAUGCUUUUAUUUUUAAUCGUUUGAGCCCAGGAUUACAGAUCAAGAUAUCCCAGAUUUUUAAAAGGCAAAAAAAUGAAUAAAUGUGCUUCCCUUGUAACUCGGAGAGAGAAAUAAAUAAGAGUGAAAAAUAAAAAAAACAUACAAUGUCAUCAUCUUGUUUCUGUGUGCGGUGGGUGAUGAGGUCCGAAAUAUGUUUUUCACGUUUCCUGAUUUGUCUGAUUAAUUAUCUCUGUAGCCUGGACUGGUGAGUUUAAAGUGGUGAGCUGGAAUAAAAUAGUGUUAUUUUGGGGAAACUCAA